AUGUCGUCCUCAUCGUCUUCAGCUUCUUCUACAACAUCGCUUUCGCUGCUGUCGUCAGCACGUUCCAAAGAUUCAAGCUCGGCGGUUGCUCCUCCACACAUUAGAUACCAAACUUCACCACUUUCCAACAUGAGCUCGAUCGAAUACCAACAACAACAUCAACAAGAAUCAAACAAUAACAUCACCAAUACCAACACUGCUGGAGAUUCUUCAUCUCAAAUGGACUACUUGGAAUACCUUCAAAAACAGCCUUGUCAUCCACCAACAUAUUCCGCGGCUAAUGCGUCACGGAACAUCAGGUAUCCAAUCUAUGAACAAGUUGAAACUCAUCAGCUACCAGAUUACUCACCUUCAAUCAACCAAGUGGCUCUAGUAUUGAGAAAAGUUGAAUGGUUAUCACCUUAUGAACCUUCACCUAUCAGAAGUUGGAAGAAUUUGGUUAUGGAGUUGAACUCCACACAGUUGAAUUUUUACUCAAUAGAUAACUUACCAUUAUUACAUCGUGUGAAGAAGUCUAAAACAAAGAAGUAUUAUGAGUUCACUCCAAUAGAGAAUGAUUUCAUUUUGAAUGCUGUCAAGAAAAAACCUGGUGAUUAUUUAACAACAAAGAGAUUAGUCAAGUCAUAUUCUUUACAAUUUGCUAAGUUUGGUUUACCUGUUGAUUACAAGAAAAAGAAUAAUUGCUUAAGGGUUCGUGCGGAAACUGAACAAUUUAUCAUUCAUUUCCAUUCUAUUGAUGAGAUGAUUAGUUGGUCGAAUUACUUAUCUGUUGGUAUCAAUGUUAGUUUGGAUAUUGACACAAGACCAAUGCCUUCUGAUCGUACAGUUCCAAGAAGAAGAAGAAAUAGAAGAUGCUCAAGCUCUAAUAGAAAUAGAAGCUAUUCUGAUUCAGAAUUGAUUAGAAGAGAGUUGACACCAACUAAAAGAAGAUCAAGUUUUUCAGGUGAAUCUUCAAUAAGGAAUAAAAUUUCAAGAAUAUUCAACAGGAAGAAGUCAAAUCCAUCAAGUUUUGAUAUUGAAGAAUUGUCUAAAUCUUUCCAACAAUCAUCACUAACAUCAUCUACUACACCAUCUUCAUCAAGUUCAAUUCCAACUUCGCAACAUGAACGUUCUGCUUCAUUACCAAAUAGUACAUCACUAGAAUCAUCAAGUGAGCCCGUUUCAAGAUCUCCUACUGAUGAGGCUGAAUCUAUUCGUAAUGAAAUGACAACAAUCAGAGAAGAAGAAGAGGAAGGUGAAGCUAAUUCUGUUCAUGAAUUACAUGAUGAGGAAGAUGAUGAAUCGGAUGAAGAUGAAGAUGAUCUUUCAAUCCACCAUACAAAUCAAUCAGCUGCUGACAUGUUAUUCAAUGACUAUCAAUUCAAUUUCCAUGAAAAGAUUUGGAAACCUGAACAUAAAAUCAUGACUAGAAGAAAAUUCCUUAAAGAUUCAUUGCGUUGUAUUAAAUUAUUACCAGGUGAUGAAGAAUGGGUUGGGAAAUGUCUUGUUAGAUCUUCAAACCCUCCAAAAUUUGAAACUUCAAAUCAAAUAAAAUCCAAGAGUUCAAAAAAUAAAUUUGUCAAAGAAUAUAUUGUUGGUCCUCAAGGUUUAGUUUCUGUUUGUGUUUGA